UCGGAUAGGAGCUAAUGCAGCUCCACUUUGGCUCUCCCCGCGUCAUGAACUGACUCUACCCGGGAGACACCGAAGAAGAUGGCGGCCACUGACCGUUCCCGGUCUGAAGCUGCAAAGCAACGACGGCAGGAUCAGUUACAGCGAUGGCUGGGGUCGGAAACCGAUCAGACGGGACCGGGGACGCGGGAUGGGUCAAUGGGAACCGGGACGCGGCGGGCCCGGGUUCGGUUCGCUCAGGGAGCRGUGUUCAUGGCAGCCUGUUCGGCCGGGGACAGAGAGGAGGUAGCGGCGCUCCUACGACAGGGCGCUGACAUCAACCACGCCAAUAUAGACGGACUGACAGCGCUUCACCAGGCGUGUAUAGAUGAGAAUGCAGAGAUGGUCCAGUUCCUGGUGGAGAGUGGGAGUGAUGUGAACCGGGGGGAUAACGAGGGGUGGACCCCCCUCCACGCUGCUGCCUCCUGUGGGUUCAUACAGAUCACCAAGUAUCUGAUAGAGCACGGUGCACGUGGGGCGGUGAACAGUGAAGGAGAGCUUCCUCUGGAUGUGGCCACUGAGGAUGAUGCUAUGGAGAGACUGCUGAAGGCAGAGAUCAGGAAACAAGGGGUGGAUGUAGAUCUGGCGAGGAGGGAAGAGGAGCGGGUGAUGCUGGCAGAUGCCAACGAGGUGCUGGCAGGCAGUGGCAUGCUGACACCUCACCCCAACACCAAGGCCACAGCGCUGCAUGUGGCCGCAGCCAAGGGCUACAUAGAAGUCAUGAAGGUCCUGCUCCAGUGUGGUCUGGAUUUAGACAGUGGUGAUGUGGAUGGCUGGACCGCCCUGCACGCUGCGGCCCACUGGGGGCAGCAGGAGGUGUGUUCUCUGCUGGCUGACAACAUGUGUGACAUGGCUACUCUCAACAACGUGGGACAAACCCCUCUAGAAGUAGCCGAUGACGCCCUAGUGGACACUCUGGAGGAGCUAACAAAGAAACAAAAUGCUAUGUUUGUUGCUAUGCCGAUGACCUCAAUCUCUCGUAUGAGCAGCAGAGAGAAGAUCUGCCUCCACGAGAGAGAGAAGCACCCUCCCCCCGCUCUGACCAGCAGCCCAGCCGAAGAAGAAGAGGAGGAGGGAGGACAGGGCCAGCCUGGGACGCAGGUACAGGGCCAGCCUGGGACACAGGGACAGGGCCAGCCUGGGACGCAGGGACAGGGCCAGCCUGGGACACAGGGGACACAGGGACAGGGCCAGCCUGGGACACAGGGGACACAGGGACAGGGCAAGGCCUCCAGUAGCUCCAGUUCAGAAGAGGAGGAUGACGAAUCUGAGAGCGAUGCUGAAUCAGAGAAAGCCAAAAACCGAGAGAUCAUCAACAACUUGAACAACAAACGCAACAGCUCCUCCACCCACGCUACCUCCACGGCAACCAGCACUUCAGGAGAACCGGACAAAAAGCAGGACCCAGGGAAGCCCCCAGCCCCAGAGGCGGCACCUAGCUCAGCCCCCGGUGCGGCCCCUGGCUCCUGGAGGACCUCUCUUCGUAAGGCAGGCAGUUCUGUGACCCUGGGUCCUUCAGGGGCCAACGACCCCAGCCAGGAGUCCACCCGCGGGGCCCCUGAGUCUGGCCUGGGCCUAGCGAUGCCCCGCUCUGCCUCCAGCCCACGCCUCAGCUCCAACACCACCACCACAGACACCAAGACGGACCAUUACAUCACUACUGUCCUCUUAGACUGGACCAUCUACAUCACUACUGUCCUCUGGCUGAGUCGUAGCUCCUCUUACACCCGACGCCUCAAUAGUACAGGAAGUGAUCUCAGUAGCUCCACCCCCUCCUUGCCUCUCAGCUCAUCCUAUGGACGCAAACCGGAUGACCCCACGGGGACAGGAAGUAGCUCCUCUGCUGGACUCAGUCGACUCAACGUCCUGGUGGCCCAGAGGUCCUACUUGACCCCGGUACGUGAUGAGGAGGCUGAGGCUCAGAGGAAGGCUCGCUCCAGACACGCCAGACAGUCACGACGAUCCACUCAGGGGGUGACGCUCACAGACCUGAAGGAAGCUGAGAAGACCAUGAAAACGGCCCAGACGGACGAAGGGAGAGACAAGGCCAUGAAGACGGCACAGACAGACAAAGGGAGAGAGAAGAGACGGAGAGCCCGGGCCAGGAGGAGAGCUCAGAGGGCUGGAGAUAGUGAUGACAACGAGCCCAGUGUAGAGGAGGGGUUGGGAGGCAGUGAGCAGGAUCCACAGACAGACAGGCACUCCAGCACCAGGUCCGACGUGUCAUGUAACGACUGUAUCGACAGAGGAGGCGGCUCUGAAACUAAGGAUUACAAGAAGCUGUUUGAGGUGGUGUCCAGGGAGAAUGGUCAGCUCCAGUCACAGCUGCAGGACACCCAGAGGACCAUCUCUCAGACCAGACUGGACCUGGACAAGGCCACCCAGAGACAGGAGCGGUUCAGUGAUUGUUCAACCAUGCUAGAGCUAGAGAAGAAGGAGCGACGGAUGUUGGAGCGGCGUGUGGCUGAGCUGGAGGAGGAGUUGAAGGUGCUCGGUGACCUGAGAGCUGACAACCAGCGACUGAAAGACGAGAACGGAGCGUUGAUCAGAGUCAUCAGUAAGCUCUCCAAAUAGACAGAGAGAACGAGAGCGAGAGACAACAGGGAAGCCCACUCCCUCCCUCCGUCCAUCCACCCCUCCCACCUCACAUUCCUACCAGUGCCAAAGAAUGAAAGAGAGAGAGAGAGAGAGAGAAGAGGGGGGGACAAGAAACAGAAAAGAGAAGACGUAUGAGAAUGUGGUACUCUAAACAACACCAUAUCUUGA